CAAUUAGCACAUCCCAGUUUCAGUUUCAAUGAGGCGGCAAAUGAACGUAAAGAAGUUGAAGUGAUGUUGGUCAAUUCUUUCAUUUUAGAAUUCAAACCCUAAAUCGAGAGAGAGAGGAACAUGGAGAGAAAUUUCAGGGUCUAUAACGGAAGUGGAUGAGUUAAGACGACCGAGGAUUUGGGCGACAAAAAAGAGAGCAAAGAGUAUUUCUUUACGGAGCUUUUAGAUUUGUGCCCGAUUUAACUUUCACUGAAAAACAUUGUAUGUGGGCAUUGCACCAUUUUCGAAUUCGAUUUCCUCUCAGACAACAACCAACUGGAUCGAGAUAAAUCCGGAACUUCUUCCACACACACACAUAUACUCUUUCUCUCUUUUCAAUCGUGCGUUCAAUACCGGUAUGUUCUUCAGAUUCCCUAACUUCUUUGCGUUCUGAUUUCUGCUCUCAAACUUUUCAUUACGAUUUGUAUUGCUCUCUUCUGGAUUGAUGGGCUUCUGGGUUCUGUUCUCCAACUCCCCAUUUGAAGUUUUUUCGUAGCAGAGCGAUUGAGAAAUGUGAAAUACGUAAAGUAGUUUUUGAGCUACUGAAAUGUCGAAAUAUAGAACUGUGUUUCGUCUAUAUCCAUGUCUGAAUUCUGGGUUUGUGUCAAAUUUUAUGAAGUGAUAUUUUGUGGGUGAAAAAAAAAAAAAACUAAAUGGAAGAUUGCAAAAAUGGCGCAAGAAUAUCAAACUUGUGACAGUGGUGGUGAUGGUAGUUUGGGGUUUGGUAUUAUUGGUAGUAGUAGUGGUGGGAAAUCUUCCAAUAGGAAGUCAAAACAAAGGAGAGCUCCACAGAGAGGGCUAGGUGUAGCACAACUUGAAAAGAUCAGGCUAGAAGAACAGCAAAAGAGAAAAGCAAAUGCAAUUUUUUCACCCCCUUCUGCUUUAUCACCACCCAAAACCUUCUCUAAGCUAUCUGUAUCAGCUCAAAAUUUGCAUCCCAUAAAGCAAUCUUCCUGUAGUGUUCCACUGACCUCUCUAUCUCCAGCCAGUUUUUCUCCAUCCAAUUUUGUUUUCAAGUCACCUUUGCCUAGUCACAAUAUUGAUGAUACCAACAUUAAUACUCCACUGAUCCAGUUGGAUAAUGUUUGUUUUGAGACUGAAUGGUCAGUUACGCCAAUACUUGGGCAAGGAGAGGUCCCUAAACCGUGCAAUCCCCUGGAAUUCAUUCCUCAAAAGGAUAAUUUGGUUUUUAAUUCUAACUUGAGAUUUCAAUCAAAUUUCAUUUUGACCGAUGAAUCCAACAUCGAUUGGCCUUCCCCUGGGUUGGUGCAAAAAGAACAGCAACAUCAGCUAUCUUCUUCUGCAGGGGUGGAUGUGUCGUCAUCGUCGUCCCUGCUAAACUUCCUUACAGAGCCCCCUUCAAACCAAAGCUAUUGUGGCAAUUACACUGCAGUUUGGCCAGAGAUGUUUGGCAUGAAGAGACCGUACGCCUUCUCUGUGGACAACCCUGCAGGCCCUUUGUUCAACUGCAGACCUCCUAUGGCUGCUCCUAUGAGAUCAGAUGAAGCCGCUUCUUGUAGUAACAUUGGCCUCUACAGUCCAUUUCUCGGAGAAGGUCCAUCUUGUUCAUCUUCAUCCUCAGAACCAAAUUCAAGGAAAAAGAUGAAAGGAAAUGCUUUUAGACGAGAUCUACUCACACUAGCCACUCCAACAACUACAUGGAUGUGCCAAAACUCAAAACUUAAGCACCUUUCAGGUCAUGCUGUGGACAGUAACAAUGAGUUCACAGAACUAGUACCGCUACCCCUUCAAGGAGUCAUGGAGAUUCCGACUUGUCCCCAUCCAGAACCAAGUUGGGCCUAUCGAUUUCAGCCAUACUACCGCUUUUUCCCUCCAGCACUGGCACAAAGCGGACGGACAUCCCCCAAAAGUUCGGGCAGAUUCAAUGUUGAAGAUGAAAGUGUUGAUCUUAAUCUGAAAUUAUAAACACGAAACUGCCCACCGAAGUUUGUACCUGUUGCUUUGGAACCUUUUGCAGAAUAGUCCAUGUGUUUGACAUCAUUCAAUGGUAUGUUGAAGUUUCUUUCA